AUGCAGGACGACGACGUGUCGCGAUACUACCGGUCAAUCACGCGAUACGAGGCGCUUCGCAUCGUCGCCGACGCCGCGCACCUCCCGCUGCUGAUAUUCUUCGCGCUGUUUUUCGCCGCGGGGGUGUACGUCGGGCGCUGGUCGGUGGUCCUCGAGACGCGCCAGCGGAGAAAGCACCUGGCGGAGGCGGUGCGAGGCAUCGUCGACGGCGUGCUCGCGGGAACGUCCAAGACCGAAGGCGCGGUCGAAGACGACGGCACGUCGACGCGUGACAUCAUCGAAGGCGUGCUCGAGGGCCUGCGCGCGGGCGGGGCGGCGCGCGCGGGGGGCACCGGGAGGGCGUCGUCGUCGCCAGCGAAUGGACGAUCCGUUCGUCGCGGAGCCGCGGACGCCGCGAGCGGAGCCACGGGCUCGAGCGCGAGGAGGAGGGGAAGAGCCGAGCGAACCACGGAUUCGUUCGACGACGUGCUGAGCCGGGAGCUCAGGAGCGCCGAGGCCGCGGCUGCCGCGACGAAGGGUAACGUCCACGAGGCCGGCGCCGAGAAUGAGAACGAGAACGAGAAUGAGAACGAGAACGAGAACGAAGCCGAGGCUCACGUCGACGACGCCGAGGCUCUCGUCGAGGACGUGGAGAUGAUGGACGCGGCGACACCGAGCGCGAGCUCCGCGGGCGCGCGGUCCGGGCGGACCGCGAGGGCCCCGGCGGCGGAAGAUCCCGUCCGCGACGACGAGCGCGACGACCACGACGAGGACGACGUGGACGGCGACGACGACGAGGUCGUGUCAUCUCGAGCCGUCGAUCCGCCCGAAUCCGUCCCGGAGUCGCCCACCCGGACGCACGCGAGGGAAGCGGAGUGGGCCACGCGUCAGGCGGAGAUCGAGCGCCAGCGCGCCGAGGCGCUGAAGCAGCGAAAAGCGGCCAAAUCCGCUCGACUCGUAAACGAACGCGUCGAGACGUACAGGCGCGGGUUGGAGGAGCGAGAAGCGUUGGAAUCGGCGAUGGGCGACGCUCGCGUGGAGGCGCAGGCGGCGUUCGAGCGCGACGGGGUUCACGACCUCGCCGCGGCGGGGUGCCUGGAGCACGCUUUGCACCGCCUCGGUUUACUCCCGAAUCCCGACGAAGAUCGCGACGCGGGCAAAGUCGAGGUCGCGUACAAGAAGGCGCUGGCGAGGAACCACCCGGAUCGCAGCGCCAGCAGGGGCGACGACCUUCGCGCCAGCGCCCGGUGCGAGGAGGCGUUCAAGCUUCUGCAGGCGGCCAAGGCGCGGUGGGACGCGGUGGGUAAACCGACGGGUGCGAGGGCUCGGCGGAUGGCGGCGUCGGCGCUGGGCGGGAGCUACGGAGGCCACGGGAGCUACGGGGGUCCCCCCGCCCGGCAGCCGAGUCAGUCGUCCUCGAGGUCCGCGCACACCUUCACCAGCCCGCACGCGGAGAAGGGAGGAGGACGCAGCUGGCAACCCGGGCAGACCCCGGGGGGAUCGACCCCUGGGGAGAGCUACGGCGACGCGUGGAGGGAACAGGCGAAGAGGACCGCGGCGGCGACGGCGGAUGCGCUCAGGCGGGAGGAGGAGCGGAUGCGCCUCGAGCUCGAGGAGCAGCGCAGGCUCGAGCGCGAGCGGGAGGCGCGAGAGGCGUUCGAGCGCAAGCUGCGGGAGCUGGGCCGGAAAACCUCGGGAGGAGACGACGCGACGUGGGUGCAGGGCAGCGACGCGUCAGAGGAGGGCACGCCCAGGCACCCCGCCGCCGCAAACGGGAAGGAUGACCGAAAGAAGAGACCGCCGCCCAACGAUUUCCAAUAG